AUGUCUUCAGUACCUCGAUUUCCUUUUGCUCGUCCCCAAGCUUGGGAUCCUCCUGUGGAGUAUGCGAACUUGAGAGCUACCAACCCAAUAUCAAGAGUUGAGCUAUGGGAUGGAAGUCACCCCUGGUUGGUGGUGAAGCACAAGGAUGUCAUAUCCGUUUUGACGGACAACAGAUUGAGCAAACAACGUAAUCGACCUGGAUUCCCUGAAAUGAGUGCUGGAGGAAAAUUGGCGGCAAAGAAUAAACCCACAUUUGUGGACAUGGAUCCGCCUGAUCACAUGCAACAAAGGAGUAUGGUUGAACCUCUGUUCGAUGCCGCAGCGGUUGAGAAACUUCGACCACAUAUUCAGAAGACAGCGGAUACAUUGCUGGACAAGAUGAUUGCAGAGGGCUGCGAGAAGCCAGUCGAUCUUGUUGAGAAGUUUGCACUUCCUCUUCCAUCCUAUAUCAUCUACGGAAUCUUAGGUGUUCCACUUGAAGAUCUAGAGUUCUUGACACAACAGAAUGCCAUCCGCAGCAACGGAAGUGGAACAGCCAGUGAGGCCUCAAACGCUGCAAAUACCCUUCUUGAAUACAUUGGACAGCUCGUACAGAAACGUCUACAGGAACCUAAAGAUGACCUGAUCAGCAAGCUCGUCGUUGAGCAAGUCAAACUGGGCCAUAUUAACGAGUCAGACGCAAUACAAAUUGCUUUCCUCAUGCUCGUCGCUGGCAAUGCUACGAUGGUGAACAUGAUCAAUCUAGGAGUCGUGUCGCUUCUCCAAAACCCAGACCAACUCGCCAAACUGAUAGCUGACCCUACUCUGACAUCUCCAUUUGUCUCAGAACUCUGUCGGUAUCAUGUUGGAUCUGCCAUGGCAACACGACGCGUUGCCAAGGUCGACAUCGAACUUGGUGGCCACCAGAUCAAGGCCGGAGAGGGAAUCAUCGCAGCUACUCAAUCCGCAAGUCGAGAUGAGGACGUCUUCAGCGACCCAGAAGUCUUUGAUAUACUACGCUUUGUCCCUAAAGAGAAGGGCGGUCGUGGUGAGGAUUGGUUCCAAGGCAUGGGUUUCGGCUGGGGGGAACAUCGCUGUGUAGCUGAAUCACUAGCAAGAGGUGAACUAGAAGUCGUCUUCUCAACACUCUUCCAAAGAUUACCCAACCUGCAAUUAACGGUCCCUUUCGAAAAGAUCAGCUGGUCUCCUCCAACUAAGGAUGUGGGUAUCACCGAACUUCCCGUUACCUGGUAG